AAAAAAAUAAAAACAGAAAAUAUAGAAAAUAAGACCUCAGCAAACUGAGAUGCAAAAUGAAUAGGAUGUUUUAAAAAUGUUUGCGUCAGUUGGAGCCUUCGUUUUCUAGCCUCUUUCCUCCCCAGUACUCUGCGUCUCGUUGGUCCUGCUGAGCACCCCAGCCACCGAUUACUGCCGAAAGGACCUUUGCUCGCGUGGAACGACUCACAUCGCAUGCAAUGCCCCCCUCAAAUUUGGCCCAUCCUGUUCCGGCAAGAAACCGAAAGUGAUUCCCAUGCGAAACUCCAUGAAACGGGUUCUGCUGCACGAACACAACCGACUCCGCGCCCAGGUGGCCAGCGGAGACCUUCGGGGGUACUCUCCGGCAAGUCGCAUGCCUACCCUAACCUGGGACGGCCAGUUGCAGUUUGUGGCCGGGUGUAACGCUCGGUUGUGCCGGUUCGAGCAUGACAAGUGUCGCAGUACGGUCCAGUUCCGGUGGGCCGGCCAGAAUUUGGCCAUGAAGUCGCUGUUUGGCCGUUGGCGCUCGGUUCGAGUUAAUCAGAUGCUGCAGGAAUUCGUGCGGGGCUGGUUCGCCGAGCACAAAGACGCAAAUCAGGCGAUUAUUGACCGUUUUCCGGCGAAAUACAAAGGCCCCGACAUUGGCCACUUUACGCAGCUCGUUAGCGACAGGACGUGGAAGAUGGGCUGUGUCAUGGUUCGUUUCUCCGACCGGGCCAUCCAUUACUACCUGGUGUGCAAUUAUUCCUUCAUCAACAUCGUGGACCAGCCGAUUUACGUAAAAGGUAAGCCGUGUUCCCGCUGCCAACUGAAGUGCAACCGAAAGUAUCCGGCCCUCUGCAGGGUGGGCGAGAAGAUUGCAUCGAAGCCGUGAAGAAUUUCCGCAAACAGUUUUUUUUUGCCUCGAUGUAAGAAUGCAAUUUUGCUACCGUCAUGUACUUUUGAUUUUCAAUAAACUUUGCUGUUCAAAUACACUUUUCUUCGACUU